GCGAAGGGGGAUAUUGAGAAAAGAAAAGAAACUGGAGGGGAAAGGAAUAGGGGAAAGAGAAGAGUGGAAGCAGCGUUGAGAGGAAGAAAGAAAGAAUGACUUGGAUAUGGUUGGAAGCGGCACUUCCACUUGGAAUCAUCGCUGGAAUGCUCUGCAUUAUGGGCAACGCUCAGUAUCAAAUCCACAAAGCUUAUCAUGGCCGGCCCAAGCACAUCGGCAACGAUAUGUGGGACGUCGCCAUGGAAAGAAGGGAUAAAAAGCUCUUCGAAAACCUCUCUGCCUCUUCCUCUAAUUGAUCUCUUUUUAACUGCUGGAAACUUGGCCAAUGGCGUGAGGAAGAAGAAAUAAAUGUGCUCUAUGAUAUUCUGUCUUGCUGAAGAAGACUAAAGAGCUACCGGACUUUGUACUUUAUUCUUCUUUGUAAUGUGAAUUUGCAGAACUUCUAAACUCUUUCCCUUUUCGACAACAGUUGCUAGAGUUGGUGGUGUAUUGGAGAUUGUUGCUUUAAAAUUCCUCAUGACCCUCCAUGUGUCUACUGUGUCUGGAUCACCCAGCGCUUAUGAAUUUAAAGGAGGUAUUUUUUUAA